UGUGGGGCGGAAGUGAUCCCUUUUCGUUCCAACAACAGCGCAAUGGCGGCGGUGGAGGAGGAGGCUUCAGGCCGCGCAGUGAAGCGCCCAGCAGCGCUCUCGACGGCUCCUCUCCUUUCUCUGGACCCGGAGCGGCAGCGGGAGUUCCAGGCUCAGGUGCAGCGCGCGCGGAAGGCCAAGGAUGAUAAGCAGACUCCUGGUGUCAUUUAUUUGGGUCACAUCCCAAGAGGUCUUUAUGAACCACAGCUCAGAGAAUACUUCAGUCAGUUUGGGACUGUCACAAGGCUUCGCCUUUCAAGGAGUAAAAAGACUGGAGGCAGCAAAGGUUAUGCAUUUGUGGAAUUUGAAUAUGAUGAAGUUGCUAAGAUUGUUGCCAACACCAUGAACAACUAUCUCUUUGGAGAACGAAUUUUGAAAUGUCACUUUAUGCCGCCUGAAAAAGUGCAUGCAGAACUUUUCAAAGGCAGUGAGAAAAAAUUCACUAAGACAAUCCAUCCAGCAGUGAAGCGCUAUAAUCGGAAGAGAACAGCUGAACAGAAAGCAAAAAUGACACGGCGGUUGUUAAAGAAGGAAAGGCAAUUGCGGAAAAGACUGGCAGAGAGGGGAAUAGAUUAUGAUUUUCCUGGUUUUGCUGCUGAGAUUUCUCUGACAAAGAGAAAGAAGGUUUCUAAAUUAGAUUCCAGCUUGAACACGUCAGUGAACCGUGAGGAUCCUACACCGGUGUGUACACCAACAUUUCUUGAACGCCGAAAAUCUCAACCAGAAGACAGUGAAGACAAAGAAAUAACUUUAAAACUGCCACCUGCAAGUAUAAAGGCUGAUGCACAAAAAAUGAAAGCAAGAAAAUUACAGAAAAAAGCAACUGGGGAAAAAAGGAAAUGUAAAACAUAAUUAUAUCUUAACCAAAGGACACUUUGAAUACAUGUGGAAUUUCCCAAGGUCCCAGUUUGAUAAAGAAUCCUUUUCUAUAGCAGAAAUAACUUUUUAUGUUGCUAGUUUGGAACAAUUUAUGCCCACAGAAAAAAAGUAUAUUUUCCCUGCCUCCUUCUUUUUAUGGCAAAGGGUACAAUCGGUAUAAAACCAGGUUGCCAUAGAUGUAUACAGAAACAUGUUCCAUAAUGUGCAAAACCAGGAUAUUGGUGAAAUCUUGGCCUUCUCUUUAACUCAGAUGAAAAAUAAAUUUGAAAUCAAGUCAUGA